AUGGUGUAUUGUGGGAAGCCGUCCAAGGGCUGCUCUAGCUGCCGAGAGCGAAAGAUCAGAUGUGAUCAGAAAGAACCCGGCUGUGGCCAAUGCGAGAAACGCCAGCAAGAAUGCCCUGGCUACCGCAACCUUGUCGAUCUUAUGUUUCGAGAUGAAAGCGCCCAUGUCAAAAGAAAGGCAACCAAAACAAGGACCCGGAUCUCUGGAAAGCCUCCCACAGCGUCAAACGCUCCAGGCGCCCCCGAGCCCCCGGGACUCAGCGGGAGCGCACCGUCCAGCUCCGGCACCGAGCCCGAAAACCCCGCUCCGUAUCCCAGAACGACCACCAGAGCGACCGACGCUCGUCGAAAACCCGCCCUUGCGCUCGCUGUUAUAACCCAGCCCGUUCCUGUAAGGAGCAGGCCGCGCCAGGCUCCCUGGCCAUCACCACCCGAGCCUGCCUAUCCUCCAUCAAACGACGACAGCGACGAUGAAGAUAGCUCAUUGCCAUCACCAGAAGAAGGCAACUGGCCUACAUCACCACCGACGACCUUGUUGUAUGCGCUGGCACCCUCGUAUCAGGAGCGUGGGACGGCGUUCUUCUUCUCUCGCUACGUUUCGGUUGAUGAAAACGCGUGCUACCAGAACUAUGAUUUCGUCUUCGACAUUUGGCGUCCAGCUAGCAUACUUCCAAGUCGACAGGUUGAUGGCGUCAUGGCAAGCAUGACUGCCGUGGGUCUGGCCGGCCUAGCUGACCUUACCAAGUGCCAUCGAACGAUGGAUUGGGCACGCAGGAGCUACGGCACUGCUCUCCGUCUGACGAAUGACGCAUUACGGGAUCCAUCCGAAGCAGUCAAGGAUACAACAAUGCUUUCGAUUCUCGUCCUCAACACGUAUGAGAUGCUCACCGGCCGAAGCCCACAGACAGUCCGGGCAUGGCAAGAGCACCUAAACGGCGCUUCUGCCUUGGCAAAGAUGCGCGGCCUCGCUCAGUUCAGGUCGAGGGCCGGUGUGCGUAUGUUCAUCAUGCUGACGCACAUCGCGUUGACCAGCUGUAUCCAAAGGAGCUUGCCAAUGCCCCCGUCUCUGGUCGAACUUCGGAACCAGCUGGGUAUGCUUUCGCCGCCGGGUGACCCGAAUUGGCGAAUGUCGGGACCCAUAUACAGAGUCAUGCAGCUGCGGCACGACAUCAAGCGCGGAAAGCUCAUACAAACAGAAGCAAUCGUGGACCAGCUGGCUAAGGUCGACAACGAGUUUGUCGACAUUAUCGCAGACCUCCCAGAAUCGUGGCAUUACCGAUUGGUGAGCCUCUCACAGUCCCACCCAGCAGUCUUCGAUGGGUUCCACUGCCAUGUGUAUCCUGCAUUGGGCCUUGCGGCUACAUGGAACGGCAUUCGAUCUCUGCGAAUGUUGGUGCACGAGACAAUCAUUGGAGAGCUCUGUAAAGAUCUCGGCGAACAACCAAUCCUCUCGUGGCCGUAUGAUGCAAAGUAUCAGCUCGCAAAGUCUGUAGACGCGCUCGAGAAGCUGCGCGAUGCCAUCUUGGCUAGUGUUCCUCAGCACUUUGGCGUCGUCAACUACAAUGACGCGAAGCCGGAAGACCGUGGGUUGCCAGUCACCCUCGUCAGGGCACGAAGGCCACCAGUUCGCGUCGUACCAUCGCCGGCAACAUCUGCGUCAUCCUCCCCAGAGUGCCCAUCUGCUGAUUCACCUCCCCGUCCUGGAUCUUUCAGCGGGCCUACUCUUCACGAUCCCAUCCAAAUGGAAGGAGUGAGCAACAGUGCUGAGCGUUUCAUGAUACUUGCUUCGGCUAGCAACACUAUUGUGUGGCCGUUAUAUCUGCUAGGGGUCUCGUCUUCCGCUACACACGAAGUAAGGGAAUAUGUAAUCGACCGUCUGCAAGCGAUACUCAAAGAGGCGAGUCUUCAACAGGCUGGCGGGGUGGCUCAGAUGGUUCGGAAUACCCAGGUUUCUAUACCCUGGUCCGAUUUGCCUUGGGAUCAAAUGCCGCAACUACCAACAUCGCCACGUGUGUUGGUGUAG